AUGCCCUUGGAUCUAGAUUUAGAUAUCGCACCUGUCCCCCGCUCCCGGGAGGAGAAUCAAGAGAGAGCCUUCAUCGCCGCAUCCCGGCGAAAGGAUCGCAGCCUGGAUGCCCGUCUAGAGUCGGCCAACCGGGCCUCUCUGCUCCAUAAGAAGCGCACAGGCAAAGCGUUCCAUAUCACCAAAGAAAUCGUGGAGAAAGAAGCCAUGUACGAAGAGAUCGAUGAGCGAUAUCAAGAGAAACGAAUCAGGAUGCUACAAGCACAGAAUAUGCAGAUUGAGGAACAAUUCCACCGCCAUCUGCUGGAAGCAUUCACCAAAAGAGCCAGCCUGUCGAACAGGUCGUCGUCAAUCGCCAGCCGGCGAGCGAGCAACAUGACCCCGCUUCCCUCAGCCAGCGCCUCCCGCAAGAUGAGCCUGGAUCUAUCGAACCUCAGCUCUGCAUCCUUCUCCCAGGGACCAGGAUCAAUGGGUAGCCCGACGCACACGCAAGACGGUUACGUCCUCUCGCCAGCCGUUUCAUACGACCCCCACAGCCAACCCUACAUGAACUGCAUGAAUGGCUCAGAGAGUCCGUACGCCAAUAUGGUCCCUGCAUCCGCGGCAACCCCCUCCCAGAUCCCUGCCUACGUCCAAUCCCCGGGCUGGAAUCAAUUCCCCGACUGGACAAUGGCGCAGCAGAUCCCAACCCCUGGGCAAACCCCAACCGACGCCCAGUCCGUGCAAAUGUGGCAGCAGUCACUCAUGCAGCAGGCCCCGGAACCCGUCCAAAUGCGGCAGUUCAGAGACCGGCUCGCUUCUGCCCCAGAGUUACCUCUGCAGCACCAGGCUCCACCUCCCAUCCCUGCCGGCCCCACCCACGGUCACAGUCGCGGCCAGUCCCAGCCCUCCUCUUCCUUCCACAACCUGCACCUGCUCACCCAGAGCACCCAUCUCCACGCACCCACCGUCUCCCCUAAGGUCGAGGCUUUCUCGGCAGAGUCCCAUUCCACCCCGGACUUCUGUCCCACGCCGCAUACGCCGGUGUCGCCCACCAACCCGACCCAGAAGGCUGAGGCGGAUUUUGUCUCGGGACAGAUGGACCCCGAUUUUACAGACUUUAGCCAAUUUGCGUUCGACCUGGGGAGCUCCGGUCUGCCGUCUGAGCGGGACCAGCCAUUCGGAUUCGACGAGUAUAUUGCCGUGGAUGAAUUUACCAGCGUUUCCUGCUGA